AAAGCUGACUUUACCACCAAUCUGCUCGUCUUCUAAGAAGAAGCCGCAACCCUCUUUGCUUCUUCCUUCUUGCCUCAUUUUUCGCUUUCCGAUCUGCGAAGAUGUUCUCCGCUCAGAACAAGAUCAAGAAGGACAAGAAUGCUGCUACAACAGAGUGCGAUGAGCUAGUUGCUCAGGCCCUGUUUGAUUUGGAGAACACCAACCAGGAGUUGAAGAGCGACUUGAAAGAUCUCUACAUCAACCAAGCUGUUAACAUGGACAUCGCUGGAAACCGCAAGGCUGUUGUGAUCUACGUCCCAUUCAGAUUGAGGAAAGCUUUCCGCAAGAUUCACCCUCGUCUCGUUAGAGAGCUUGAGAAGAAGUUUAGUGGAAAGGAUGUGAUCUUUGUUGCCACAAGAAGGAUCAUGCGUCCUCCCAAGAAGGGUGCUGCUGUCCAGAGGCCACGCAACAGAACUCUUACCUCUGUUCAUGAAGCUAUGCUCGAGGAUGUAGCUUACCCUGCUGAGAUUGUUGGUAAACGUACUCGUUACCGUCUUGAUGGGUCCAAGAUCAUGAAGGUCUACUUGGAUACCAAGGAGAGGAACAACACAGAGUACAAGCUGGAGACUAUGAUUGGUGUGUACCGUAAACUUACUGGAAAGGAUGUCACUUUUGAGUACCCUGUCGAAGCUUGAAAGGAAGAUGCUGAAAGAGUCAGGAUACUGUUUUUGUGUUAUUUAGGAUGAAGGAAACUCUGUUUUGAUUCAGUUCCUUGUUCACAAUCUUUCAUAUUCUAUUUACAAAGACUAAUCUCUGUGCUUUUCAAUUUUGAAACCUUCUUUAAAAUUCA